AAGUCCUCAAUCGUUACUCCAAGGAAAAGACACAAGGCAUCUGAUUUUUUAUAGGAAUUUUGUGAAAUUUGCACCUUUCAUUCCACGGCGCGUGUGAUUAAUGAGUUCGGAUGGAAAAAGCAGAGUGAGAAAAUACACAAAACGUUGCUCUCGUUGCAAGAAUCCGCCAACCCACGAUAUUCCUGGACGAGUGUUCACCUGUUUCUCGUGUGCUACUCUUCAAAUCAAGUAAUCAUUUUUAAGUGAUUCUUGGCAAAAACACAAAUUCGUUGAUACCUCGUUAUAGAAGGCGAUUCGAAGUGAAUUCCCGCGGAAGUGUAUUCUAUAGACGCAUCCCAUCUGCUGGUAUCAGGGCGGAUUGGCACCAACUGAGUAAGAAUGCUCCUCUUUUGACGGAGAAAACUCUUAUUGAACUUUGCCAAUGGGCAGUUGAUUUCUUUACUGAAAUGUAAAACUUUUAAAAGGAAAUUCAAAUAACACUCAACGCACACAUGACAGCGAGGAUAAGGAUAUUCAAAUACGGUUUGAUUCGUUUGGUUGACGUGCCGUCUUGGUUAGUGUUUUCGGGAGUUCACGAACUUCGACUUUCCCCGCUCAUCGCGGAGGCUUCCUAAUUUCUAGUCGGCCAUACGACUUUCACAUUGUGACCAGUGGGCCUGUCACAGACUUUCUAGUGUGUUAUAGUCGGCCGUUGCGACACCUUUACUUCAAAUUUCACGCUGUGACCAGUGAGCCUGUCACGCACACUUCUAGUCCACCGUUUUUGAGUGACCUCACUACGAAUUUCACUGUGAGUGACCAGCACCAGUGGCCUGGUAUGAAAAUGAAGAUUUAUUUCAGUUUCUAUACGAUAUAGUUGGAGAUCCGUAACCCAGGAUGUGCGAGGACCAGGUGGUGGUGUUGGAUAUUGGUUCGUCCAGUGUCAAGGCGGGCCUCUCCGCGGACGACAUACCUGAGAUUGUCUUCCCAACAGUUUGCGGGAAACCAAAGUUUCAUCGGCAGAACUCUGAGAUCAAAGGAAACUACGUGGGAUCAGCUGCCGUAUCCAAUCGGGACAUCCUGUCCUUGAAAUACCCAGUCAAAGACGGAAUCGUACAGAACACAGAUGACUUUCAAAAACUCCUUGAGUAUGCAUUUCAUGAGAAGCUGAAGAUCUCCCCCGAGGACCAUCCAGUGAUUCUUUCUGAGACACCGUGCACGCCGCGGCAGAUCAGAGAAAAAUGUGCCGAGGUGAUGUUCGAGUCGCAUUACAUCCCAAGCCUCUACAUCGCCAACCAGGCAGUCCUGUCCUUGAUCGCGGCGGGCAGGACGACCGGUUUAGUUCUGAUGGCUGGCGAGGAUGUGACAAUGUCCGUUCCGGUUUAUCAACAUACUGCUUUAAACCAUGGUAUAUUUCGUGCAGACGUGGCAGGGAGCCAGUUAACUAGCUACCUAGAACAUCUCUUGAAGAUGCGAGACAUUGCCAUGCCGCAGCUAGAUGAGAUUAGACAAAUCAAGGAAAAACUAUGCUAUGUUGCUUUAGACUAUGACGAAGAGUUGUGCUUGGAUACCACAGACUUGGUAGAGCGACAUUCCGGCCAGAAUGGAAUCUGUGUGACAAUGGGAGAGGAGCGGUUCCGCUGCCCAGAACUUUUCUUCCAACCGUCUCUUCAUAGUCUCCGCUCGCCAGGAGUUCACGAGGCGCUCAACUCUAGUGUACUCAAAUGUGACCAAGAAUUGGAAGAUGACUUCUAUAGCAAUAUCGUCCUCUCUGGAGGGAGUACCAUGUUCCCAGACUUUAGUCACCGCCUCCGCGACGAGCUCGAGGCAAUUGAGCCGGAGAAAGACAUCAAGGUGUACGCGCCACCUAUGAGGAGAUACGCCUCAUGGAUAGGGGGCGCAAUCAUGGCAGGUUUUUCACACUUCCCGGGUAUGUGUGUAACUAAGUCAGAAUAUGAUGAAGCUGGGGCGAGCAUUGUGCAACGAAAAUGUUUCUAAUUUAGGAUCAAUAGAUUAUACAUACUUGACGUCAGCCAUAGUCGCUAAUCAGAAAAGUAGAGCUAUCAUGCUUGCUUACGCUGAGGACAACGAUUGAGACGGACCUGGGGUUUUGAUUAGUCAGUAUCUGCUACCUGACAAGAAAUCCUGACGUAGGCCCUACUCUUUGCUUUAAGGACCGGGAAAGUAGUGAAUGGUAGUAAAAGGGAUGAUGAGCGCUUCGAAACUAUAAUAUGUGGAAAUCUACGGUAAUUAGAAGCCUCUCCACAUGGUAUUAUUUUUUUGCGGUUUUAAAAUUGAUGUUCAAAGGACUCCCGGAUGACCCAGAAUUGCAGGCUGAUUUGCGAUAGAUGCAGUGGUGCCAUCUUCAUGUACACUUAAGAUUUUCCAGGUUCUAAAAAAGUUUGCCGGCGAACAUGGACAGGGACGUUGCGGAUACACGAAGAACAGACCAGUGUCGUAGCAUUAGGCCUAUAUCUCCAGUUCCGUAGCCGACGGCGUUUUACGACGCGUUUAGUUUGACGCGUACGGGCAUCGGGCGUUAGCCAAUAGUUCAGCUAAAUUGCUGAAGCGGAGAUCUUACAAUGUAGGUAGUUCUUUCGAUUAUUUGAAAUUUGGCCUGUUGUACCUUUUUCAUUUUAGGGCUUGUAUUUGAUGUCAGUUCAUAUCCAAUUCUAAUACAUUUAAGGAAGGCCUUUUUCAUUUUUGGUCUUGUAUUUGAUGUCAGUUCAUAUUCAAUUCUAAUACAAUUGUAUUAGUUCAUCUUUAGAUUAAUGGUCAACGCUGUAUUAGUUUCUAUUAUCUCAAUCGCUCUGCUAACGCUACGUACACAUACAAUGUACACUAUAGGGGCCCGCGUAAAUUUUGGCGCCAUUCGUAAACGUCACAUGGCGUAGUGAACAACAAUUUGCUGUUGGGUGACCCACGUCACUGAAAACGGCUUUUGGCGCCGCGCAAAAGUGCCAUCCCAGCCCGGCCGGCGAGGAAAUAAUCUGCGCGUCGAUGGCAAAUCAGGAUCAGAGCGAGAUAAGUAUCGUAUUCAAUUUUAGUUAUGUAGCAGGACUUUUGAUGUUGAUGUGUUUCGCAAUUGAAUGAAAUUCCGCACGUCAUUGUCAAUCAAUGUAUAAAUGCGUGUUCUUCGUUUCACACUCGAGACGGACGUUUCACCCAAGUCGUUGAUUUCAACAGUUUCCUGGCAAAUCUUGUCGGCUAAAAAUGGCUUACUUUUAUAACCAUAACCGUGGACAUCAAAGCUGUAUGAGGAAUGUCGAAGACACUGUCCUCAAACCAGAAGACUACAAUUUGGCAGAAACAUUUAGCCACGGUCGGACGUUUACUAUCUUUAAUAGUUUCAACCUUGAUGCCUAUCUUCGGGAACAAAGUCUAGAGGAAACGAGCUAUGAUGCAUUUCUUGAUAGAGCCGGUGAGAGGGCUAAACUGUCCUAUAAUGCACCUCCGUACAUUACCCCGCACGCGUCCCCUGUUAUCCCCAUGGUGGUCAACAGGCGGGUAGGAAGACGUAUGUUAUCGGAGCCAGUAAAAAGUGACGAGGUCCAAGGAAAACUCUAUUACCUCGGGUUGGCUUUAAAAGAGAAAAAGAAGCGAAAGAAACUGAAGUGGAAGAAAUCCACAGAUACGUGGCCUUACAAAGAGCGGUGCGGUAAUAUCUAUUCUUCAGGAACUGAGGAGGAGAAUAAGGAGAGCGAAAAGGAGACCAAAACAGCCACCUCGGCAAAAAAGCCUCGUCAAAGAAGUGACGCUAAAGGGUCAACGCGAAAGCGAGUUCAUGAGAAAUCUGAGACUGCCAGUCUGAAACCGGGUCCUUCACGUAAACGACUAAGAUACGAAUCGGGUUCUCAGAAAAAGAAGCGUUAACCUAAGAAUGGAUCACAUCAUUUCACGAGAAAACGGCACUCGGAUGAUGACGUGAUAUUUCAGUCCGAGUGUAGCAAGAAUCGGACAGAGCAAAACGAAGAGCUACAGAAACACUGAUAAAUUUCCCCAGCCAUUUGGGCUUUUUGGGAUGCAGUACGGUUGGGUUUAUUGUCUCACGAUACAUGAACAAUAGUGGUGAGUGGAACCAGAGAGUGGAAGCGUCCGACUGCAAUGCGAAUGACGCUUGUAAUGUUCCACAGCCUCCUCCUUCUCCAUACACGUUUCCCUCUUUUUACUCAUACAAACUGUCUUCGCCUGAUCAUUCAUCAAAGAAAUCUCGCUUUUCAUAGGUGUCUGACUAUGCUUUUUUUCUUCAAAUGUUCCCCAUGUCAGAGUUUCUAUAUGAAUAGAGAGUUCAUACAAAAGGCGCAGAAAUUUGACAUAAAAAUAUGUGACCGAAUAACUGCUGCACCAAGUGCAGUUCCGAUGUGGCUGAAACCAAAUUGGGAAACACGUCACUCGAUCGCUUUCUGCCAAGUCAUGCGUUACAUUUAACGCCACCCAUCGGGCCUAAAUGGUAUUAGGCAGGGAGUCAGUCCUAACAGGUCUGUUGAAAACUCCAUAUUACAGUCUCUCCUUGAA